AACACAACGAGACAGGACACCAUCAACAUGGAGUACGAUACAAAGACGCCGCCAUACCACACCUCCGACACGACCUCCUUCGCCUACUUCUCCGCCCGCGACCGAUGGCCUGUUAUAAUCACGCAAGCCAUUGACGAUGUAUAUCGCGCUACCACUGCUGCCACGGACCCCGACACCGUGACGGAAGGCAAAGGGCUGAUAAAUGCGCUGGCGAAGCUCAAGCAUGAGCUGCAGCAUGACCGUCUUUUGACACCGCUCCCUGAUGAUGGGUUCUCAGAUAUCGAGGGCUACAACAAAGAACUCGCCGCUCUCGGCAAUCCCACUUGGUUCAACGUCCCAUGGCUUUUCUCUGAAUGCUAUCUUUACAGGCGUAUGAAUGCCCUCUUUGUUCUCUCUAAGAAAUGGAAGUCCUACGACAUCUUCGCGCGCCAGAAACUCUCCACCUUCAAAUCCUCUCGUCCUGCCGUCGUUGAGCUUGCAACGCAUUACAAAGAGAUUGUCGCGAAGCUGGGACAAGGAAGCAAUUUAGCGGGUGAAGAAAUGGAAGCGGCGGAGAAGGUACUGUUUAUGGAGAUGUGCGAGAUCUGUCUAUGGGGCAAUGCGACGGAUCUGUCCCUCCUGACCAAUCUCUCCUACGAAGAUAUCCAGAAACUUCAAGGGUCAUCUGCGCGACAGGCUGCGCAGGCAAACAUUAUUGCCAACGAUUUGGAUGCAGCAUUCGCUAUCCUUCGAAACGCGCAGAAAAGCGGGAAGAGCGCCGAUCGACGCGUUGAUAUCAUCCUGGAUAAUGCCGGCUUCGAGCUCUACGUCGACCUUAUCCUAGCCGGUUACCUCCUCUCUUCUGGACUUGCGACCACUGUUAUUCUGCAUCCAAAAUCGAUUCCCUGGUUUGUAUCGGAUGUCCUGCCGAAGGAUUUCCAGGACAUCAUCCAAGCAGUGCACGAUCCCCAGCGCCUGUACGCACCUACCGCCGAUGACGAUGAUGCGUACCGCAACACAUACAGGCCAUUACCCGCCAAGGAUCAGGAGGACAUCAAAUUCCUGUUCCAGAACUGGACUAGCCUCGUGGGCGAAGGCCGUCUCCUUAUCCGCCCAAAUCGCUUCUGGACCGAGGGCGGCAGUUUCUGGCGACUUCCCAAUUCCGAGCCAAGCUUGUUUGAGGACUUGAAAGAGAGCGAACUCGUCAUUUUUAAGGGCGAUCUGAACUACAGAAAACUCACUGGCGAUGCCGCUUGGGAUCCCACAACUCCAUUUUCUACCGCCAUCGGUCCUCUAGGCCCUGGAUCUGGACUGCGCACUCUCGCACUGCGCACUUGUAAGGCCGAUGUCGUAGUCGGGCUACCCGAGGGCGAAGACGAGCGGCUACGGAAAAUGGAAGGCGGCGGCGGCGACAGCGGAGCGCGCAAGUGGGCGUGGAGCGGUAAGUGGGCAGUCGUGCAGCUUUGCGAUGGAAAAGCUUAGCGCAUGUAAGUUGAAGACGGUAAGUAAACACCAGGGGCAUCCCUGGCGUUGGCAGAGGUGUAGAAAAUAGAUAGAUAUAGAGAGCUGCAUCGUAGGUUCAUAAUUUCAUGGUCCUAAUUCUGUCUUCAAAUCUGCACGUCAAAGUCUCUGUCUUUGAAUUCGAGUCUCGCAAAGACAUGAGUGAGAUAUACUGAAAGGUCCCUCAAGAGCUUUUCAGCACGCGCAAUUUCCGUGCCUUUCGCCCUCAAUCUCAAGACUACUCUCUUUGAUAUUCCUUAGAUCUCUACCUUCCAUAUUCAAGAGUAGCUUCAGAGUUUUACCGUAUCCUUCAAAUGUCACAUCACUCGCGUCCAAUUUCCAACGCACUUCAGAUAUAUCACGGUUAUGGAGAGAUUUAUAUCG